AUGGCUGCCCCGAGCACGGCCAGUUCAUUAACUCUUUGGGGCUCGCGCUGCACUACUACAUCUGGUACCCCCCCUGCAGCAGACGCUGCAGCAGCAGCAGCAGCAGCAGCAGCAGCGGGCGCAGCGCCCGCUGCUGCUGCAGCAGAUGCUGCAGCAGAUGCAGCAGCAGAGACAGGAGAGACUCAAGAGGCAAGGGAAGCAACUGCAGCAAAAGAAGCAAACGGAGUGCAAGAAUUAGAAGCAGCAAAAGAAUUAAAAGCAGCAGCAGCAGCAGCAGCAGCAGAAGAUGUUGUGGGGUCUCCUUUGCCGCUGCCUUUCUUUCUUGUGGGGUCUUCUUUGGGGGGCUGGACUGCAGCAAGAUUUAUGCAGCUUGCUGCUGACGAAGCAGCAAUUAAGGAGGCGCUGCCGCACUUUGCUGCUGCAGUCAGCGCCAGGGCUGCUGCUGCUGCUGCAGCAGCAGCAGCAGCAGCAGCAGCAGCAGCAAAAGGCGCUGCAGCAGCGGAACGAGGCGCUGCCGCCGCGGAACAAGGAGCUGCCGCCGCGGAACAAGGCGCCGCAGGCGCAGAACCAGCAGCAGCAGCAGCAGCAGCAGCAGGAGCAGCAGCAGCAGCAGCAGCAGCAGGAAGUUUGGGAGAGUUGAUGCGGGAGUGGCUUUGUGUCUCGGGAUUAAUUCUUUUGUCUCCAAUGCUGGACGUGGAGCUGUCGAAGCAAAGCUUGAGGUGGACGUACACCCGGUGGCUGCUGCAGCAGCUGUCGCGCUUCGCGCCGCAGCUGCCGCUGCCCAGCAGCAGCAGCAGCAGCAGCAGCAGCAGCAGCAAGUUCGCUGCGGAGCAGCAGCAGCGCGCAGCAGACCCGCUGUACGUACACUGCAGCCCCACGGCGCGCGCCGCGCUGCAGCUGCUCUCGCAAGCUGAGGUGUCUGUACACCCCGCGCAAACCGCCAAAGUCACCCCACACUUCUGUGGGGCCCUUUUGUUAGUCCAUAAUGCUUUGGACUUGCAGUGUGGCAUUAAAGGUUCUUUUGCUUUUUUCAAGUUGCUGCAGCAAAUCCCAGACAGGACUUUCCUCGCCCUCAACGCAGUGCCCCCUGCAGCAGCAGCAGCAGCAGCAGCAGCAGCAGCAGCAGCGGGGGAAGCAGCAGCAGCGGGGGAAGCUGCAGCAGCAGCAGGCGCGCAGCCGCCGCAGAGCAGCAGCAGCAGCAACACCAGCAGCAGCAGCACCACCUGCAGCAGCACCGCCAGCAGCACCAGCAGCAGCAGCAGCAGCAGCAGCAGCAGCAGCAGCAGCAGCAGCAGCAGCAGCAAGUUUUUCCGGGAAAUGGUGUCUGAGGAGCUGCAGCAGCAGCUGCAGCAGCUCGCAGACGUCUCGCUGGCCGGGCUGGAUGUACACCACAGCUUCGCCAACGAAGUCGACGGCCACAAAGUUCUCAUCAGAGUCGCCCAGUGGAUUCUCCAACGCGCCUAG